AUGACGACUGUUGUAGGCCAAACCCAGGCUCACGCACGCGAGACGUUUACCCUUGGCCCUUUCACUGUGCCUAGGCUUUGGGUCGGUCUGUGGCAGCUUUCUGGCAACGCCUGGGGUAGCGCCUCCGCAGCGAAGAUCCGGCAGGCAAUGGCACGCCAUGUCGAGCUGGGCUUCAAUGCUUUUGCUGAUCAUUAUGGAAGCGCGGAGAUAUUGUUUGGGCAAUACAGAGCAUCUCUGUCAUCGCCCACAGAUGUGCUUGGUGCCACCAAGUGGUGUGUCUUUCGGCCCACACAGCUCUCUCGAGAAGUCGUGGAGGCGGCUGUGAGGGAGCGCAUGGAGCGCAUGAAGACCACACAGGUCGACCUCCUACAGUUCCAUUGGCAGGACUAUUCAGACAAGAACUACUUAAAUGCUUUGCAAAUCCUCCAAGACCUCCAAAACGAAGGUCUGAUCAAGACUGUUGGGCUCUGCAAUUUCGAUGCAAUCAGGACCGAUGAGAUAUGCACGCAGCUCGGUCCGGGCUUCAUCGUGUCAAAUCAAGUGCCAUUCUCUGUCAUCGACACCCGGGCCCUGCAUGGCAUGUCUGACGUUUGCCUCCGUCACAAUGUGAAGUUGCUGACUUAUGGAACACUGUGUGGAGGCUUCCUGGCGGACAAAUGGUUGAACCAGCCAGAACCCGAUCUUUACUCUGGAACGCUGACGCCGUCGCAACGCAAGUAUCUCGACAUGAUCCUGAAGGCGUGGGGAGACUGGAAACUCUUCCAGGAGCUUCUGGCGGUGCUUAGGGCGAUCGGCGACCGCCAUGGCGGGCUCAGCAUCGCCAACAUCGCGACUCGUUGGGUGCUGGACCAUGCGUUCGUGGGCGCUGUGCUUGUUGGGGCCCGACUGGGCAUUUCGGAGCAUCCUGGCGACAACGCGCACGUCUACGGCUUUAGACUGACCGACGACGACAACCGCACCAUCCAGGCUGUCCAGGACCGCUCGAACAGCAACCGGAUGAUCGUGACUGUUGGUGAUUGCGGUGCCGAGUACCGCUAAAGCCAAGAAGCUUGAGGUACCUUGUGUACGAUUAAGGGGAGAAAUCGGAAGACACCGCUAAUGUGGUCUGAUACGACUCAUUUUUUGACGGGAAAAGACAUUUCUGCACCUCCCACCCAUGUAUAUUUUGUAUGUAUGACUAUCUAUCUCGCUUGUGCUGCUGGAUGUCCCAACGAUGACAAGAACGAACUGGAAGCGCUCGAUUGACGCUUACGUACCCUGUUCGCACUUUUUGUAUAGGACUGUAUAAAU